AUGACAGUAUUUGCUCAGUGUUUUUCACCGUGUGGGAAAUACUUGGCUGUAGCUAAUAACUAUGGCCAUAUUGCAAUUUUUAGCAUAGUCUCAGCUUUAUCACCAGAUGCAGGAGAAUCAUCUAGAUUACCAAUCUUAUGUUUUAAAGGUUGUAAAGAAGGAGCUAUUUAUUGUCUGACAUCAACAGAAACAUUUCUAAUCAGUGCUGGCGAAGGAGAUAUAGUAGCAUGGAAAUGGGCUGACAUUCACAAUAAAGCACCAAAAGUUGUGUGGUCUUUAGUUCUACCUAAGAAAGGUGUUUUUACCAAUCCGGAAAUAAAUUGUUUAGUUGUAGAUAAAAAGGAUCAAGGAUCACGAUUAUUUGCUGGAGGUGGUGAUAAUGAUGUACAUAUUUGGGAUGUAGAAACUGGACAGUUACAGAACACAUUACAAGGCCAUGAGGAUUAUAUUCACAGUCUAUGUUUAAAGAAUAAUGGAAGAGAAUGUAUAUCUGUUUCGGAAGAUGGAACUGUCAAAAUAUGGGAUUCCAGAAGUUGUCAUGAACCAAUUCAUACAUUAGAACCUUAUAAAUCUCAGGAAUGUAAUCGACCUGAGUUUGGUAAAUGGGUUGGUUGUGUAGAUUUAGAUCAAAGUGAAGAUUGGCUGAUCUGUGGUGGCGGUCCCAGGCUGUCAACAUGGCACAUGAGAUCUCUAUCUCCCACUGCUAUAUUCGAUACUCCAGCUUCCUGUCAAAACUUUGUCAUGUAUCAUGAAGAAACUGUUAUAUCUGGUGGUAGUAAACCAUUAGUUAAUCAUUGGUUUGUUAAUGGAGAUAUUAAAUCACAAGUUCCCUGUACACCAACAUCAACAUAUAAUAUAUCAAUAAAUACAGUCUCAGAUUCUACACGGGUUCUAUCAGUGGCAGGAAAUAGUUAUAAAAUAGAUGUCUGUACUAACUUUGGCUAUAAAGCCUUCUCACUUAAAUUGAUUCCAAAUUGUUAG